UUUCGGGGUGUUUCUCGGACAUUAGGAUGUUGCUGCGAGUUUAGUAUAUUUCUCUUUUUUCUGACAUGUUUUGAAUUUUAGGAAAUUUUAAGGAUUUUAGGACAUUAGGGUCUUAGCUAGGACCUCUGUCGGGGGUUUGGGGUUUCUGUUUGAUGCUGUUUUAUGCACUCUGACACCUGAUGGACACUAAGAGGACAAAAACUACUCACAGUGUGACUCACUUUAUUAUUACUGUGACUGAGAACAUGGAGGGGAAUCGGAGCUCUAACGGAUGUUUCUGUUUGUCUGCAGCAGAAAUCCAUCUGUGACGUGAAAUCCAGAAAAGUUCUUGACGCAGAUAUCAUCGUUGGGAAAGUUGUUAAGAAAUCUGGGCUGCGUAGAUAUCAAACCAAAGACAAACAGAAGAAGUUUUUCUUUUAUGUGGCGAUCGCUGAUGAGACCGACAGCCUCAAACUGAUGGUUUAUGGGAAAAAGCACUAUCAAGGCCUCACCGAGGGGAGCUCCUACUGUUUCAGAAACCUGAAAGAAGACGAGUACGGCGUGAAGUUCACAUCAGACAGCAGGAAGUCACAGACCAAAGCUGUGGACGUCCACGAGGAGCUCCACACACAAGCACAGAGGCUCAUUUAUCCCGAGAGUCCAGUUUCCUCUGUUGAAAAUGCACUUUCCUCAGCUGACAGGACAGAAAUGAGCGUCGAGGGAACCGUCACAAUGAUCAAUCCCGUCGAAAAGGUUCAGGUGAAGCACAAACAGGAAAAGACAAAGAAACAAACUUUCCAUCUGGAAGACAAGACCGGCUCCAUCAAGAUCUGCAUGUGGGGGGACGCCACCAAGCACUGCAAAGACUUAUCACCUGAUGAUGUCAUUAAGGUCACCAACGUGAAGACCAAUCGGUACUUUGACACCGUGUCGCUGGACUCAACUAGAGACACCCACAUUCACAAGGUUCACAGCGUCGGCAUCCAGAAGGUGACAAUGGAGAUUAUAGGAAUCGUAAACGCCAAUAAAAAGGAGACUCACCUGGACGCCCACCUGGAGUCGAGCCCGCAGUUGCACACGUUCGUCGUGGCCUCUCGACUUCUGGCGAAGGCCUUUGACCUCAAACUGGAUGGAGAUUUUAAAGACAGUCUACUUGAUAAAAUACCGCUCCCAGCUGAUGCAGAAAUACAAGGAAAUAAAAUCAAGAAAAUCACAGCCGCUCAGGAAAUGUGAGAAGAACUCGCUCAGCUGGUUAAACAGUAAUUUAAGAUGUUCACACAACUAAGAACAUACUGGCAUAACGGCGAGUCAUCGCCACAUCCAAAAUGAAGAUCUGAGACAGACAUUUAUUUGUAAAUAUUGCUUAACCCUUGGAAACAUGAGCAAAUCAGAUUGAUUUUUUCAAAAACAUGGUGAGAAGACAACAAGCAACUUGCCCCAAAAGUUAGCAGGAAAAUCACUUAAAAAUAAAUGAAAAAGUAAAAAAAA